AUACCUUGCGAUCCCAAGAUGGCAUCGCCGCCGAUACCCACACAGUAAUCCUCUCCUCGCUCCCCUGUCCCCUCUCUCCCCGCCGCCGACGCCGAGCCUACUCUGUCCAUUUCCGGACUCGCCGUCCCUCGCGGGCCGGUUCGGUCCGAGCCUGCGCCCCAGCCGCGCCGGGAUCCGCGAGAGAACCGCUUGCCCUCCGUGCUUUGCGGGCGGUCCGGUGACUGGCUUUGGGAUUCCUAUGCCGGGGGGCUCGUGAGCGCAAUGGGGCUGUUUGGGUGAACUAGGGCUUGCUUCUGUGAAUUCUGUGAGGGUGAGCGGAGCUGUGGGAGGGAGGAUGCAGGGGAAGGCACAGCUCUCUGAUUCCAACCGGCGGAUCAUGGAGCUCGACGCGCCGCCACGGCGGGUGUACCAGGCGUGGAAGGGCAGCAACUUAUUUUUCCUUGGUGGGAGACUUAUCUUUGGCCCAGAUGUGAGGUCACUCGUGCUCACAGUAUGUUUGAUUGUAGUCCCAGUGAUCUUCUUUGCUGCCACCGUUUGUCCACAACUUGGUCAUGAGUUCCACAGCCAAAUUGGAGGUUGGGUGGCAUCUGUGGCUGUCAUCUUUACAGCAUAUAUUCUUAUUGUUCUACUUAUCACAUCUGGCCGUGAUCCUGGAAUUGUUCCUCGAAACACUCAUCCCCCAGAGCCUGAAGACAUCGAUGAAUCCUCCAACUUACCAGAUUGCCCGGGUGGUCAACAAGGUUCGACAGGUUUACCACCUACCCGGGAUGUUCUUGUCAAUGGUGUUUCAGUCAAGGUCAAAUAUUGCCAUACAUGCAUGCUUUAUCGUCCGCCAAGGUGCUCCCAUUGCUCAAUCUGCAACAACUGUGUAGAACGUUUUGAUCACCACUGUCCUUGGGUAGGCCAGUGCAUUGGCAAGAGGAAUUACCGAUUCUUCUUCAUGUUUGUGUCUUCAACUACUGUACUAUGCAUAUACGUGUUUGCAUUCUGCUGGGUCAAUCUCAGGAGAAUUAUGGACACGCAUCAAUGCAAAAUUGGUAGAGCUCUUUUGAAGUCUCCUAUCUCCGGUCUUCUCAUCCUAUACACAUUUAUUGCUGUGUGGUUUGUAGGAGGAUUGACCUCAUUCCACAUCUAUUUGAUUUCUACAAAUCAGACUACUUAUGAGAACUUCAGAUACCGCUAUGACCGGAGAACAAAUCCUUACAACCUUGGAGUGGGUCAGAAUUUCAUCGACGUCUUGUUUUCAAGGAUACCCAGCUCAAAACACGAUUUCAGAGCAAAAGUUAAGGCCGAUUCUUCGACCUUCGCGUCAUCCCUCAGUAUGGGACGGGUUCUAAGCCCACCCAAGACGAGCGUGGACCUUGAGAUGGGCAUGAAAAGGCAAGCGGUGGCCGCAGAGGACUUUGAAGACUUGCACAGCCAGAUCGGCAGUGCUAUGGGGCUGGAGAGAUGUGGCACCGAGCCGCCGCAUUUUGUCGGCCGGAAGGGCUGCUCUGAGAUGUCACCUGACAUAGAGGCGUUCGCAGAAGAGUUUGGCAUGGAAGGUGGGCUCAGUGAGAGGAAAAAGAUUGAGCGGCGGACAAAUGAUGAUUCGUAGGAAGUUUCCCACGUCACAAACCACCUCUUCGGCCUUCCUCCAGGCCCCAAACUUGGUAAAAGCUUGCAAAGAAGAAAGUGAAGUAGGACAAAACGGACGGUAGAGUGAAUCAGGCAUUGGUUAGUUUGUUUUGGGUGUCAUUUCUAGCCAAGACUUGAGUUAGAAGUGAAAGAUGUUCCUUGACGAUAUAGAAAUGAUGAAUCCACAUCUGGUUUGGACUUCUUAGUCU